GCCUCCCUGUAUAAUGCAGCAUUUGUACAGCAGCAAGGAUGGUUUAGUCCAGUGUGUUUAGAUUCUCCUUUUAUUUAUACCACAUGCUUGGGGUUUUUGUUUUCCUUAACGAUAAUAGGGUCAUCCCAACAGAGUUUUACUUUGCUUGGUUUCAUUGAAAGAGACACUACUAACGGGAGGGAAAUCCCCAAAAUGAUACUUGGUGAUUAAGUACAUAGACUUUGGAUUUCAGUGUUUUGCAAAUCCUUUUUUUUCAAAUGAACUUGUGGCACUAAUCCUCUAAUGGUAUAUUUCUUUGGAAUAUAUGCCGGAUAAGGAGUCACAAUGAGGCAAGUACAAAAAUCCCAUUAAUCUCUCCUGAUGGAUGUGUUGUGUGGGAUGCAACUUUAACUAUUUUGUUCCAAAAUUGGUUCUCUGUUCCUAACCUUGCCCUAGCCUAGACAGAGGGCAGAGUGGAUAUAACAAGUGUGACACUGAGCACCCCAGAUGGUCACAGACCAUUUAACUGGAUAGAGAGGGAAGGCGUUUAUUAUUUUAAACUCUAAAAGCUCAGCCUGUCCCGUGCUGCCCGUGACAUGCUGCAGGAAGCAGACACAGGUCUGGGAGGCAGGAGCAGGACACCUGCUCAGAAGUGUGUCACAGAGGAGACAGACACAGCAGAUAACAGGGCCUGGCUGUCAUGACAGAUCGUGUGUUACAGCACAGCCUGGGCCUGUGGCAAAGCACUGCUCGUGUUUGCAGCCCAGUGCAGCCACCUCACUCUCAUUAACUGCUUUGUUUUGGGAUAACCCUGUUGUCCCCUCUUCCCUCACAGCUGAUGUAAAAAAGGUAAAGAUUUGCUUUCUACGAAGAGGAGAAACUGUGAAAGUGCAUUUCCCUUCUCACUGAGUUACAGGCAGUUUGUGGCGUAUUAUCACUGUCACAGCCUCCAGUGAUGAAAGAGUUUCUGCAUGGGCAGCACAUCACCUGAAAUACUGAUGUCAAAUUGUGUGAGUUAGCCCAGCCCAACCACUGUAAUUGGUGCUUAACCUGCUUAAGGAUUUCCCCAGUUUCAGGGGACAGGGGUUAUCAAAUAUUCCCAUUCCACAUUCUCACUGAAUUGCAGUGGGCACUGAAUGUCUUGGGCCAGAAGAACCCGGCAUGUGUUCAAAAAUAUGGGUUGCUUUGUCCCUUCAUCCCUGGUCACUCCGUUGUUAAGCACAAGUAAAGAGCUGCCAAAUCCAACAAGUUCUUUACUGACACAAGUGAUUGGGAUUUUCCAUAGUUUUUGUAGCUGAGAUGCCUGAACUUGUGAAGUGAAAUAGCACACAGGGAGUGAUCCUUCCCAGUGGAUACAGGUCUGUAGUGAGAUGCUAGUUUCAGAAACUGGGACAGGACAGCCACUGCUGGUGUCAGAAAACCCUAAAACCAUCUUGGAGAUCCUUUCUGUUCUGGAAUAGAAAUGUGCCCUCUGGUCCUGCAGGGAAAGAUGGUUGAUCACAGUGGGUUUGUACAUUUUUCCCUGGUGUAAAUGUUCCCCGGUGUGACACUUCUCAUGGGCAUGAUGUUCACUCCUAAGUUUUUCUGUUCUUAAUCUUAUCCUUUGGGUCCUUGUACCUUAUUCCACCCUGUGGAAAUCAUUAGUGCACUGACACACUGAGUCAGGCCUGUCCUCAGGGCUGGUGUCUGCUCAGCUGCUUGCAGUGGAAUCAUUAGUUUUGUUUACCAGCUUUAUCAUUCCCCACUAAAACCACUCCAGUUCCCAUAUGUCUUUAGUGUGCACAUAUCCAUGGAUGGCCUCUUGUGUUUAAAGAAGUAUAAAUUAUAUUGCAACAGGUGCAGACAAAGGUGAGCAGGAAAUGAUAAGGGAAGUUGAGAGUUUGCCAUAUGAGGGGAGACAAGAAGAGUUUGGCUGGUUUAGCCCACAAAAGGGAAGACCUCAUGGAUUGAAAAGGAUUAUCAAGGCUAAAGAGAUUCAGCAUAAAUGGCCAUUAUAUGGUUAAGAUAGGAAUUGUAAGGUUCUCCAUUGUGGAAAUCAGACUUUAGGGCAGACAGACAAAAAAGAGAUAUAAUGAAGUUUGAGGCAAUAUAGAGUGUGUCCAAUGAUUGCACUGUAAUGUAUCAUCAUGUUGCCUACAAGCAGAUUGCAGUGGAUGAUACAGUGUGACCUCCUCCCGUGUCUCCUGUUGCCCCAAAAUGAACAGGAGUGCCCUGGUCCUUUGUAUCCCUUUUCCUUAUUGAACUGUGCAACAUCCUGCUGACAGCAGGGCUCUGCUCAGCCCCCAGCACUAUUUCUGACCAGUAUGGACAAAAGGGGUGGGAAAACAAAGAGCUUUUCUUCAGGUAGUCUUGUAACCUGAUCUGUAGGGUGACUCAGCCCCUUCGAACAACAGCUGUCUCAGGGAGGUACAGUGCUUUGGGUGCAGCAUCGAGGGCUGUGCUGCCACUUCCUGAUUUCUGUCUUGAGAGUGAUCUGAGCUGGGACAUGAUCAGAGAAUUUACAUGGACUUCUCAACCCUGCCCAAAAAAGAGAGGCCAGGGACAGCAGACUGACCUUGGGAUACAGGACAAAGGAAUAGAGGCAUUGGGGAAGAGCCCACACAUGGCUUGUGCAGAGCUGCUGCUGUCAAACUGAUGAAGGCAGAAACUUGUGAGAGAAAACUACGUGGAAAGUUCCUCUUAAGGAGAAGAGUGGGGUUUUGUUUGCAUGUCAUGGCUCACCUCUCCUGCAAGCCCUGAAAAUGCUGUGAAACAUGAAAGGAAUCCUCAGGAGAACCAAUGGAGAAGACAGAUGACAUGCUGAACUGCCAGGACAAGCAGGAAGAGGACACCCCAAAGAGUUCCCCGUUUGACUUUGUUAUAAAACAGUUCCAAGGAAAGAGCUGUGCUCCUGAAAAAAGGAAAGAGCAGCCUUCAGCCAUCAAAAAAUUCUUCAAGGGCUUUGACUUUGGGAAAUCUGAAGGCAAGGACAGAAGGGAAAUUGAAGAAAAAGAAAUAAACAACUCUGGAGCUGAUGAUCAGAGUGAGAAGGAAGAUCUCUCUGUAGAAGAUGGACACUCACAUCUCAUUUCUGAAGCGGAGUCCCCAUCUGGUGAGCAGAGAUUUAACCAGUUCAUGCAGAAACUGGGAAAGAAACCCAACAGCAAGAAUCUUGAUCUAAAUAAUUGUGUGUUAAGUGAAGAAGAUGUAACAGAGCUGGCUUCUUUACUGCCGUUUCUCCCAGAGCUGGAAGAGAUCAGCCUGUCCUGGAAUGGUUGUGUUGGUGGGACUUUGAAAGCUCUCACUGUCCAUCUUCAUCAUGUGAACCUGUUAAAAGUCCUUCGACUUAACAACUGCAGGCUGACAGCUGAGGAUGUCAUCUCCUUAGGAGAGGCAUUUGAAAUUGUUUCUCAGCUUGAAGAACUGGAUUUGUCAUGAAGUAACAUAGGGGAAAAACUAUCGCUGCUGACAAAAAAAAUCCAGAAAGGAUGCAAGUUAAAAUGUCUGAAAAUUACAGACUGUAACCUGACGGCAAAGGAUGGGGAAUCCCUUGCUGAAUUUCUAAAUGUGAUCCCAAACCUCGAAGUGUUAGAUCUCUCUAUCAACAAACACAUCGGCUGCAGCAUGAAGGUUAUGGCUCAGGAUCUGAAAAACGUGCCAGGCUUGAAAGAGUUAAACUUGCACAUGUGUGGAUUAAAGCAAGACAGCCUCCAGGGCUUAGACACUGCUUUGCAGCACCUCGCAGAGCUGAGGAAAUUAGACAUAUCGUGUAACAGAGAGAUUGGUGGUGGCUUUAAAGACUCAACAGCUCAUUUGGCCAGCUUGAAAAAUCUGGAAGUCCUUGAUCUUCACCAGUGCUGUGUCACAGAAGAGGACAUGACUGUUUUGUCCCAGGUGAUACCUUUACUCUCCAGUCUUCAAGAGCUGAAUUUAUCCUCGAAUAAAAGUGUAGGAGUCUCAUCUGAUCCUCUUCUGGGCCGGCUCAGGUUUUUGCCGAAGCUGAAAUCUGUGGCCAUCAGCAACUGUGGUUUAGGUGAAGAGUCGCUUUCAUCACUAGCUGAGGCUGCCCUUCACCUUCCUGAACUGGAGAUAUUAGACCUUUCUUGGAAUAAGUGCGUUGGUGGGAACCUAAAGCUGCUUUUGGGAGCACUAAAGCUUGCAGCGGAGAUUCAAGUGUUAAGACUGAGCAGCUGUAACUUGGUGGCUGAAGAUUUGGCGCUUCUAACAUCACUGACACAGGAUGGCCAUCUCUCCAGAUUGCAGAAGCUGGAUUUGAGUUACAAUGACAGCAUCUCUGAUGAAGGGUGGGCUGUCUUCUGUCGAGGUUUAGCAGCAUCCAAGGAACUCUCGGAGCUGGAUCUCAGCCUCCGCCCGUCGUCCUGCCGAGACUGCGGGAUGUGGUUCAGUGAGUUGUUGGCAGCACUGGCACAGCUCCCUGCCCUGGCAGAGCUGGGCAUGCAGAGAUGGGUCCUUUCAGAACCCCAGAGGAAACAACUGGAAAACUUUAAUCACGACAACAAAAGAAAUAUUCGCUUUGACUGUUGAUGGAGGCGGAAGGUUUCUGGGAGGCCUUUCACGAGCAGCACAUGGACCAAGUAUUAUGUGUCUCUCACUUAGGAGACCACACAGUUUUUAAUAAUCUCUUGAAAUAGUUUCACAGUUAUAGAAAACUGUUAUUUAACCCUCUGCAUCAUAGAUAAUUCCAUUUAAUAACCUAUUCUUUGAGAUUCUCUGGGCCACACUUACACCGCUAUAGACACUUAAUCUUCAUGGUGCAGUGGGUACUGCCCAAAGAGCAGUGCUGGACUCAGAUGGACACACUGCAGGUUUUCCAGGGAAGUGGAGGGGAUGUGUGUUAAUGCAGGUGGGUGGGCAGUGUGAAUGUGGCCUCAGAAAAUGCCUCUAAUAUGAAAAUACUUGAAACCUCUGUGUUUUAAAUUUUAGUUUCUUCUCCCCCAAAACUUUUGCCUCCUUGUGAAUAAAUUAAAUCUACAUAAUUGGGAGAUUUGGAAACCAUCCCAACAACUCAACAUUGUAUAUUACUCCAGUAAGGAGAAUACAGGAGGAGCUGUUUUGCCUCUGCUCUGGUCCUUGAUGCCAUCUCAUAGUGUAGAUGAGUCCUGUGUACAGAAUCAACAUAAAAUCAAGGUAAGAAACAGUUGUUCAGUGUCUUUGCUGGUCUCAGGGGCAAGGGAAAUGCUGUGGUACACUAAAUCAGCGAUAUGUCCUGCUACCUUAGCAGGAUUUUGGACACAUAAUCAAUCCAUAAUCAUUCUGGCUAAGACUAUGUAAAAAUUUCAGGAUACUUGAGGGAUGUUCCUUCUCAUCUUAAGCUGUUUCAGGCUUACCCAGACUAAGCUUUUGGAACAGACCAUUUUAUGACAUGCAGCACAAAACCAAAAUUCCAUGUCUAAGAGACUGAUCUAGAGCAUAUGAAAGCCAGUGGGAGUCCCUGCAGUGUCUUCGUGCUUCCUGCAUUCAGGAUUCAUCCAUCAACCUUCACACCACCUUGUGACAUAAUGUUCUUAUCCUUACCCUAGAGAUGAAGGAAAUAAGCAAAGUCUAUUAUUCCAAGCCAUAGGGCAGCUCCCAGGGAGAACCCAACACCCUGCUCAGUGCCCAAGACUUGUUAGAAAAAGCACCAGCUUGGGAUGUGUAACCAGCUCCUUUUUAAUGUGAUAAUUACUUUUAUUUUUUUACAUUUUAUUGCAUUUUCUUACACAGAGCCAAAUUCUGGCAGAGUCAGUCGUGUCAUGGAGCAUGUUAACCCACACGUGAGCUCCAAGACUGCAGUGGGAUUAUUCAUCGGUAAGGUAUUUUAGGAAGUAAAGAUAUUAGAUCUGCCCACUGAGUGAGGAGUCUUAGAGAAAUCCUGAGGCAGCUUGAGGGAUAAAGUUCUGCUCAAUUAGCUCUGAGUAUCUCUACAUGCUGCAGCAACCUCCUGGAGGAGAGGCACAACAGGAUCAGUCAGUGGCACUUUCCUAACUUGCCAAGGCCCCUCUCAGCAGGUUCUGUCCUGCAGAUUCUGAUCAGUAUUCACCUUUCAGUCCACGUGAUCCUUCCAACAUCAGCUUCUGGCUGGUCAGGGCUAUCACCAGCAGCUGACAAUGCUGUGCUGAUGCCUAUUGAUCAUUUAAUCCAUGACUUCAUGUGAAAGUCUCCCUGGGUCCAGUUCCACUUGAAAAGUGCACUUGGCUUCCCCAUCUCUGAGAAAUGUGAGUUGAACUGGAGUGUCUUGGUCAGAGGCAGCAGGGAAUUGCUACAGUGUGGGAUCAGUUACUUCCUACACAGACCCUCAGCCUCUGAAAUGAACCAAAGAGCCCCUGUUUCUUACAGGGUUGACGAGAGAUUUUCAAGUAGUGGCUUAAGACAGGACAUGUGGAAGUACCAUCAUCUCUGUUUAACAGCAGCACACCAACCAUUUCUCUUAAUUACUUGCCUUCCUGUAAUAUUCCUCCUCAAAUAUGCCUUUGGUCCAACUGGGAAAUUGAUCCUUUAUCUGUUCUGUGAAGAUGUCUCUUAAUCACUCCUUUCCCACUUGAACCUCUCUCUCCAAUUAAUCUUUAACAUACAGAUUCUGCUGAAAUCUUCCUGGACUUCAGUGUUGGGGUUUCUUACUCUGCCAUAGCUGGGUUAUCAGAUCCAAGCACAUUAUGGACCUCACUGCAGCAAACUCUCCCCUUGCUGUUCCUGAUGCCCUGCUCAGUCCUUUACCCUCUCAUGAUUCUCUCAUACCUAUUGUGCCGCUAAAAAGCUUUUAUUUCUUUUAUCACCUCUAUUAAAUGUCCUAUCUAUCUGCCAGUCUUCCCAGAAUUCUCUCUUCCGGUGAUUUUCUCUAAAUUAUCCUUCUCUCUGUUCCUCUUUGCCUUCACUUAGGGUGAAAAAAUUUCACCAGACAUCUCCAAACAAUCAAAGCAGCCUCAAUCAAAGCAGUGAAAUGGAAAAUCAGAACAGAGCCGUCCCACUUUCCUGCAGUCCCAGCUCUCUCCUGCCAACAAGCAUAUUAAUGAGAUUUCAGUAUCAAUCAAGAGCCACAUAGAAAUUAGUUCCAUACCCUGGAUGCAGAUUCAGAGAGAUGCAACUCUAGGAAGAGCUGGUCUCAGUGACCUGCCUUCACCACCUCCUUCAGGAUGCACAACCUUCCCUGAGGCAACUCAGACGAGGGGAGGGAGAGCAGGACUGCAGUUCUGACCAGCUAGUUAAACUAAAUAAAGGGUUCUGCUCCCACCCACUCUGCAUUUUGAACCUGCACAGUGGCAGGUCCCACACAGCUCUGUGCUCUGUAUAUGCUGCAAAUAAAACUCUGGAGAGGGUUAAGGAGUAACUGAGUAACACAGAAUAAGAACUAGACAAGGACAUCAGAUGUCUGGGACAAACAGCUCUCUGUAAAGUGCUGCGGAAAGAUGUGGUUGCAGAUAAAUUUGGCAUGCAAGAAUUAUAGUGAGGAGUGUUUGUCAUGGUUCUUUUGAAUAACAAAGAUGUUAUGAUGUGCCAGAACCAAAAUGAUGGCAGAAUCUUGUAUCCUGCAGACUCACUGCUUUCAUAUAAAUCUGUCACACACAGGCAUUUCACAAACUGUCACCGAGCCAUCUCGGGGAAGAGAUGCACCACUGAGGAUGUGACAGCUUGCAGUCAUUCAAAGUGCUGUAACUGCAGAUUGUCAAAACAGCAGUGAACAGUUUUGCAAAAGUGUGGAGAUACUUUCAAAACAGCUUUUUACACCUCUGUAAAGAUGGUAAUGCAAGUUCUAGUAGAAGGGUGUGUGUUCUGACUGCCUGGAAUCCUACUCUGUAUUUCCAAACAAGGAACUGAUCAUUCUAGAGAAAAAACUCAUUAAACAACUGCUGGUAGGUGGGGCCACAGAUAUUGUUUCACUGUAAAUAUGUUUGUACCUCACUGACUGGCAAACAGAUUUCUAAGAAUUGCAAGUGAAAUACUUUGGGAUUCAGAACAAAUAACACUUCAUUGCACCAGAUUCCUACAGGUUAGAUUGAUUUCCAGAUUAGAUUAAUUUCCACCUAAGCAUCUACCUUUAUGAUUAGAAAUAACAUGCAUUCAUAAUGAGACAUCUCAAGAACAUUUCUGAGAUUUCCUGGUUCAGCUGGGGUCAAUGUGGACAAAAACACAAAACCAAACCUAAAAAAAAUAAUUUGUUUUCAUUGUCACACUCACUGAUUCAGAUGCUUUAAUAGUGCUUGUCUCCCACUUGCUUAUCUCUGCUCGCAUUUGUCCAUCUUGUAAAAGAAAAGAGUUCUGUGCAGUUUACUGCCCAAGUUUCACUUUUUUUAUGGGCUUCUCCUUUUCUUUUUCCUUUCUUUCUUUUCCUUCUUUCUCUCUCUCCCUUUAUUUUUUUUUUUUAUUAAAUUAUUAAGCAUCAAGAAAGUUCCAAUCCCUUUCUGGUUCAUCAACCCACACCACAAACUUUGGAUCUGAAAAAGAGAGAACAGUCUUGUAACCUGGAGGAAAAGGGUAAAAGCAAAAAGCCUUGUGGAAUGGUGUCACUGAUGUAUAUUCAUGGUACAAAAAGCAUUUUGUUCUUCAAAAUCCCCUUUUAUUCUGGAUUAGACUACAUUAUUGGCAGCUAAGAUGAACUGUCAGUCAUCUCAUUUUUCUCUUAUUCUCUGUUUUAUGUUUUUCAAGAGGAAUUUCUUACCUAGGCGGACACUAGUCCCCCAUACUUUUGAUUAGAAAAGUAAAUGACAAUGUGUACACUUUUUUAAAUGUCAGUUUUUAGUUUGGAAGAAGAGUUUGGGAAAAAUAGCAGCUCACAAAGAAAUUACAGAAUUACAGAAAGAGAGGAAUAAUUUAGAUUUAAAAGAAUCAAAGACUGAGGAACCACCUUUCCUUCCUUAUUGCCCUGUAUGUUUUUUAAUUCCAUGUGACCCACUGAUGAUACAGAGCAAUGUUCUUUUGGAAAAAGAAAAACAACAAACCAAACAUAAAAUCACACAAAGAAAAGUGUCUUGUUCAAUAUGUUUGCACAAUGGAUCUGCAGGUAUCAAUGAGCUGAUGGCUGUGGGCAGGUACUGCAGACAAUUAUUCUCCAUAUGCAGUUCCUUCAGAUUCUGGAAAAUAUGUGUGCAGAAGGUUUAGUAAGUAAAGGAUUUUUCCUUAGCUUGGUAUAUAAGCAAUGUGCAGAGAAUAUUAGCAAGUGCAGAAGUUUAUAAACUGUGAAAUUGUUGGGAUUAUUGAUAAACACAGAGAGGCAACAUGGGUUUUAAACACUGAUUUCUGACAUUAUUCCUAUUCUGACAGCCCCGGCCUGGUGCUGCACCAUGUACCUAAAGACAUUAGGAGACCCUUCAGUCCUGCAUUUGGAAGCAGCAGAAGUUCAUGGAAUUUCCAUGUUGCAGCAAACCAAGAUCUUCCCUCUUCUAUUGCUCCUGCCUGCAAUUUACUGAUGUCUUCUGGCAGACUUCUGAAUUUAAUUCCUUUAUCUUGUCCCAGUUAUAAUCUCUGUAAUGACUCCAGGAGAAAGACUUCCUCUGGAAAGAUACUGAAUUGGUUUUCAGGCAGGCUAAGGCAUUUAAAACUUAUCAGUUCCUUCACCUCUAGAAGUAUCUAGACACAGUCGUUAAAAAGAUACAUUAUGUCAAUUAAACAGUAAUCUUUGAGAUUUAGUUUUUAGAGGAAAAAAUCUCCCAAGAAAAUGUUGUGGAGCUGCAUUACGGCUGAUGGAUGAACACAGAAUAUUCUGCUCAUUAAUGUCACGUUAUACCUCACAGUGUGGUGGAGAUUUUGGCAAAGAAAUCCAUGUUGCUUCCUCUGCUGGAAAGAUUUCUUAUGGGGUUAAUUUUAUUUCUUAGCAGAAACAUUAGUCUGCUUCUUCAUUUCCUUUGUAUGCACAGGGGAGAGCAAUUUAAAUGAAUGAAAUCUGAAAGUGAGUCUUUGCAUAAAUUACUACUUGGUAAAUGUAACUUUCAAAGAGAAAAUUGCACCAGUGAAAAAAUCCUUCUAAAAGAAGUGUUGCAUUGUAUAAAAAGGAAGGUGUACUCUGAGCCCUACAAUGGGGAUGUCCAUGAAUACUGUUACACUUAUCAUAGCACAGCUUUAGGGUGCAUAAUUGUUCAUAAUCAAAUGAAUAGCAAGUGUCAGUGGAGUUAAAGGCCUUAAUAAUAUCACAUCCAUUUUUAAAUUACCCUCUGCUCAGUUUGUGAUAUUGAUUCUAUGCAAAUGCAGCUCUGAUUUUCUAGUGCACACAGAAAAAAAAAAAAAAGAAAAAAGAUACAAAAAGCUGCAGCAGUCCCUCCAGUCUGUGUCAUCUUUUGAUUCAACACAAAGGACACGUCGGUUCGCCCAGACCUUCACCUGCACUAUGUGCAGGCUUGUCAAAAAUCGGGCCAACCUGAAAACCCCUUCGUUGCUCAUGUGCUUCAAGAAGCUG